CUAAGAGAUGACGCUUACAUUCUGCGACAAGUAUCAUGUGCCAUGCAUGCACUCUAGAAGAUCAAUACAGCAGAUAAUUCUGGCAUAAUAUGAGAGUGUAGCAACACCGAAAAUAGAUAUAAUGUCAGCAAAAUCAACGACACAGAAGAAAACUAAAUAUGAUGACAACGACCCGGUCCGUAAUUUCGAGAAAUGGAAAAAAAAAUACAACAAAACGAAAAAGCGUGUGAAAAGCGUCAAACCACCUCCAAAGAAGAGACGGGAGUGGGAAUCUGAACAAGACAAUAUCAACAAACUAGUGUCUAAAUAUCCGCAGAUUAACCACAAGGAUGCUGUGAGCUUUGCGGAUUUUCCACUAUCAAAGAAAACCCUCAAAGGCCUGAUGGAGGCCAAGUAUCGACAGCCCACUGAGAUCCAGCGCCAGACCGUAGGCCUUGCCCUGCAGGGGAAGGAUGUGCUGGGGGCAGCCAAAACGGGCUCAGGCAAAACACUGGCCUUCCUUAUUCCUGUUUUGGAGUGUUUGUAUCGAAACCAGUGGACGGCACUAGAUGGCCUUGGUGCCCUCAUCAUUUCCCCAACUAGAGAAUUGGCCUACCAGACGUUCCAGUUUUUGCGUAAAGUGGGUAAAAACCACGAAUUCUCCGCUGGGCUGAUUAUAGGAGGAAAGGAUCUGAAGGAGGAGGCGGAGAAGAUUCAUCGCACCAAUAUCAUCAUCUGCACUCCAGGACGCUUGCUGCAGCACAUGGAUCAGACUUCGGCUUUCCAUGUCUCUGACCUCCUCAUGUUGGUGUUGGAUGAAGCUGACCGUAUUCUGGACCUGGGUUUCUCUGAGACGCUGAAUGCCAUCGUGGAGCACCUCCCCUCCCAGCGGCAGACGCUGCUGUUCUCGGCCACACAGACCAAGUCUGUCAAGGACCUCGCUCGUCUCAGUCUGAAUGAGCCAGAAUACGUCUGGGUGCACGAGCAGGCAAAAUUCAGUACCCCUGCAACACUCGAGCAGAGCUACGUGGUGUGUGAGCUCCAUCAGAAGGUAGAUAUGCUCUUCUCCUUCAUCAGGAGUCAUCUAACCAAGAAGAUCAUCGUCUUCUUCGCAUGCUGCAAAGAGGUGCAGUACCUGUUCCGUGCAUUCUGCCGUUUGAGGCCGGGCAUCUCUGUGUUGGCUCUCCAUGGCAAGCAGCAGCAGAUGAAGAGGAUGGAGGCCUACAAUGAGUUUGUUGGGAAGAAGUCAGCAGUUCUGUUUGCUACUGAUAUUGCUGCAAGAGGCCUGGAUUUCCCAGCAGUGAAUUGGGUCCUGCAGUAUGACUGCCCUGAGGACGCCAACACUUACAUCCACAGGGUGGGCAGAACAGCCAGGUACCAGGAGGGGGGUGAAGCACUGCUGGUGCUGCUACCCUCUGAGGAGAAGGCCAUGACCUCUGACCUCCAGGACCGCAGAGUUCCCAUCACCAAGAUCCAAAUAAAUCCAGAGAAGCUGGUCACAGUACAACAGAAGUUGGAAGCCUUUUUGGCCCAAGAGAUGGAGCAAAAAGAGCGUGCUCAAAGGUGCUUCAUCUCUUACCUGCGCUCCGUCUUCCUAAUGAAGAACAAACACGUGUUCGAUGUUACCCAAAUCAAACUGGCAGAAUAUGCAGCAUCGCUGGGAUUAGCAGUGGCUCCUCGUGUGCGUUUCCUUAACAAGGCCAAGAAACAUGGACCCGAGGAACAAGAGGAAAAGGAGCACAGGAAGAAAGGGAUGGUGGAGGAGAAGGGAGAGAGCAAUGACGUGGAAGAGGGAAGCGCAGAGGAACACCAGAGUGAAGACGAAGACGAAGAUGAUGAAACUGAAGAUCCUGCAACCAAGCUCAAAAGCCUGCUGUGCGAUUCUGAUGAUGAUGAUGCCAAGGAUGAGGAUGAUCUAAAAGACCUGGACCUUCUUACAGUCAAGAGAAAGGACGUAUUUAAUGUAAACAAUAGCCAAGAUGAAGAGGACAGUGAUCUAGAGAUGCCUCAGAGUCGCAGAGUCAAAGACACGAAGGUUAAAGAGGCCAAACGUGCUCAGAAGAGGAACUUCAAGGUCAACUCCAAGAUCAUUUUCAAAGAUGAUGGAGAGAUGGUGCAAGAGUGGCCUGUCAUCCAGAGACCGGUUGUUCCCGACAGCCAGGAGGAACAGGACCUGGAGGAAGAGUCUGGCAUCAACGUGGAGAAAGCCAGAGAGAGGCUGAGACUUGAGGAUCAGCAGUAUGACAAAAAUGAGUAUCGCAGGAGGGUCCAGGAGAAGCAUCGGGAGAAGAGGCUGAAGGACAAGGCUGCCAGGAGGGAGGCCUAUAAGCAGAAGGAGGAGAAAAAGAAAAAGCCUGAACAGCAAAAUGCUGGUGAUGAUGAUGACGACGAUGAUGAUGAAGAAGAUGAGGCAGUUGCCUAUCUGUCGGGUGCAGAUGAAGAGUUUGACUUCAGUGCACUCCCAGACCCAGACAGAUGCCGAGACAGUGACAGUGCGGACAGUGACCAUGAAGCGAGGAAAAGGACCGCCAGUGACCAUGACGACGUGGAGCCAGUGCGGAGGAUCAAGAGGCCCAAGCAUGAUGUUGAGCCUGACACUGAGUCCAGUCCUCUGGACACGGGGCUGUCCCUCGGGGAGGACGAGGAGCUGGUCCUUCAUCUGCUCGGGCAGAAGAGCUAACAGCAGAUAUGAAUGAUGACACGUUUGUCAGACAUAAGGAGGAGACUUAAUACUCCCUCCUCCCACACACGCACACCAUCUCCCAGACUUCGACAGAACAUUUGUAUAUGUUAUAUCAAAGCAAGCUUUCUUUCAGUGAGUUCUACAGAACAUUUGUAUAUGCUCUAUCAAAGCAAGCUUUCUUUCAGUGAGUUCUACAGAACUUUUUUAUAUGCUGUAUCAAAGCAAGCUUUCGUUCAGUGAGUAGUCCUCUGAAGACGUGCAGGUGAUUUACAUUAAACUGAAUAUUUACUUAUUCCUGUGAUAAUGCGUUUUUGCUUCAAAUAUAUAAUUAGUUGGCCUUAACUGAAGGAGACUUUGGAGACUGACCCUGGGGCCACAUAAGCAGUCAUUGUGAUGGCAGGAUGUUAUAAUGUUCAAAGACUGUACAUUGAGACAGUUCAAUUCAUUUGUAUUUGUAUAGCGCCAAAAUAAUAAAAUAGCUAUUAAAUACCA